AUGGCUACCACCAAUGGAAUCGACUCGCCCGAGUUUCAUUUUCAAGAUCAACCCGUGGACCAGGGACGUCCAAUCAAUGUUGUAAUCAUUGGUGCCGGAGUAUCAGGGAUCGCGUUGUAUAUUCGCUUGUUGCAGUACGUACCAAACGCAUCUGUCACGAUCUUUGAGAAAAACCCGUCUGUCGGCGGAACUUGGUAUGAGAACCGUUAUCCUGGUGUUGCUUGCGACAUCCCAAGUCAUGUCUAUCAGUAUACUUUCGCGCCAAAUACAGAUUGGUCGAAGUUGUUCGCGCCAGGAGCGGAAAUCCUCGAGUACGUCAAAGGUGUUGCGCACAAAUACGGAGUUGAUGAGAAGGUCAAAUACAACACAAAGGUAGUCCAGACAGAGUGGUUUGAAGAUGAGGGGCUAUGGCAAGUGACAACGGAGCGCACUGAGAAUGGAACGACUUUAUCCGAUCAGACAAAAGCGCAUGUGGUAAUUAGUGCCGUCGGAAUUCUGAAUAAUUGGAAAUGGCCGGAAGUCGAUGGACUGCAUGACUUUGAAGGAAAACUGCUCCAUUCUGCUUGCUGGGAUACUGAAUGGGAAUAUGAUAGAAAACGGGUCGCCCUUCUAGGCUGUGGAUCAUCGGCCAUUCAAAUCCUGCCUCAUUUGCAGAAAAGAAGCGAAACUGUCUAUAAUUUUGUCCGAGGUGGAACUUGGAUCAGCCAGCCAUUUGGGUCAAAGUUCAUUGAAAACAUUAUCGAGAAAAGCGACGAGCCCGGCAACUAUACGUACAGCGAUAAAGAAUUGCAAAGCUUCAAAUCGGACCCAGUCAAAUACAAAAAGUUUCGCAAGGAUAUGGAAGCCUCCAUCAACAAAGACUACCCUUGUCUUUUUCCGGGCUCUGCCGAAGAGAAAUAUUCGACUGAGAAGAUCAAGCAAGUCAUGAAAGAAAAGCUAGCAUCAAAAUCUGGUCUCUACGAAGCCCUUGAGCCAAAUUUCAUUCCAGGAUGUCGGAGGCUAACACCUGGCCCCGGCUACCUCGAGGCUCUGACUCAGGAUAAUGUAGAGCUUAUCAAGACUCCGAUUGUUCGAGUAACGAAAAAUUCUGUUAUCACUUCCGAUGGAAAAGCUUGGCCAGUCGAUGCGAUUGCUUGUGCCACAGGCUUUGAUUCGAGCUACAUGCCGCGAUUCCCCAUCCUCGGCAGAGGGGGUGCCUCGUUGCAGACAAAGUGGAAAGAUGAUCCGGCCUGUGCUUAUCUUUCCCACUCAGUGCCUGAGUUUCCAAACUACUUCAUGGUUGGAGGCCCCAAUUCUGCCACAGGAGGUGGCUCUCUGCUUCUGAUCCUUGAAUCCGUGAUGGGAUAUGUCGUCAAGGCUGUGCAAAAGAUCAGCCGGGAGCACAUCAAGGCAAUUGAAGUAAAGAAGUCAGCACUGAUAUCUUGGUCAUCAUACCUGGAGAAGUACUUCCCACUCACAGUGCAUGUAGAUGCUUGUACCAGCUGGUACAAGACUGGCAAUGGACAUAUCACCGGGCUGUGGCCAGGAAGCAGCAUGCAUGCUAUGGAAACGCUUAAAAAUCCUCGAUGGGAGGACUUUGAAUAUGAGCAAUGGAAUGGACAUGAUAAGUUGGAGUGGUUAGGAAACGGGUGGACCUGCGAAGAUGUAAAGCGUGGGGAUUUAGGCCAUUACCUAGACAGAGUAGAUUAUCCUCCGAUACCGUCAAACGAGAUACUCCAGCAACAGCCCUAG